AUGCCUCGAUUCGCAAAGAGUUUGUGCUACCUUUUGGUGGCGUUACUGUCAGGCCUGGCAGAGGCUGAGAAUUCCACCUUCAAUAACCCAAUAUUACCGGGGUUUCAUCCCGAUCCUAGUUGCAUAUUUGUCCCUGAGUGGGACAACACAUUCUUCUGUGCAUCAUCCAGCUUUAAUGCAUUCCCUGGUAUUCCCAUUCAUGCAAGUAAAGACCUCCAAAAUUGGAAGUUAAUAGCACAUGUUCUCAAUAGGGAGGAACAGCUCCCGGAGCUGGCUUACACCAACAGGUCUACGGCCGGAAUCUGGGCGCCAACUCUGAGAUACCGCGAUGACACAUUCUGGCUCGUGACGACGCUUGUGGAAGACGACCGAGCCGCAGAUGAUGCUACUCGGUGGGACAACAUCAUCUUCAAGUCGACAGACAUGUACGAGCCGUCAUCAUGGACGAACGCAGUCCACUUCAAGUUCGAGGGCUACGACACCGAGCCGUUCUGGGACGACGACGGCAAGACGUACAUCGUCGGCUCGCACGCCUUCAAGGUGUACCCGGCGCUCGAGAUCGCAGAGGCGGACCUCGAGACGGGCGAGGUCGGCGAGUGGCACAACCUGUGGAACGGCACGGGGGGUCUGGCGCCCGAGGGCCCCCACCUCUACCGCAAGGACGGGUGGUACUACCUGCUCGUCGCCGAGGGCGGCACGGGGAUGCUCCACAUGGUGACGAUGGCGCGGUCGAGGGGCCUCCUCGGGCCGUACGAGCCGGCCCCCGCCAACCCGGUGCUGACCAACGCCAACACCACGAGCUACUUCCAGACCGUCGGCCACGCGGACCUGUUCCAGGACCAGGGCGGCAACUGGUGGGGCGUCGCGCUGUCGACGCGCUCCGGCCCGGGGGACACAUACUACCCGAUGGGGCGCGAGACGGUCAUGACAGCAGUGGCGUGGGAGGAGGGCGAGUUCCCCGUCUGGACAAACAUAAGCGGGCAGGUGAGCGGGUGGGCCCUGCCGCCGGAGAACAAGGACCUGGGCGGCCCGGGGCCCUUCGUCGACGAGGGCGACGACGUCGACUUCGCCCCGGGGUCGGGGCUGCCCGCCCACUUCACCCACUGGCGGUAUCCGGACCCGAACUCGUUCGCCGUCUCCCCGGAGGGGCACCCAAACACCCUGCGCCUGAGCCCGUCCCGGCUCAACCUGACCGCCCUGGACGGCAACUACGCCGGCCCGGACCUCGGCGGGCAGACUUUUGUCGGGCGCCGGCAGCAGGACACGCUGUUCACGUACCGCGUCGACCUCGACUACGCGCCGGCGCGGGCCGGCGAGGAGGCGGGCGUGUCGGUGUUCCUCACGCAGAACCACCACCUCGACAUCGGCGUGGUCCUGCUGCCCGCGGGCGAGAGCACGGCCCGGGCUGCCUUCCCCGGGGCGGCGUCCGGGCCUGCGGGGCGGCAGCAGCAGCAGCAGGCUGGCGAGGACGACGACCCGGACCCCGCCGAGCUCAUACCACAGGUCCGGUUCAGGGGCAUCUCGUCCGUGCCGGUUCCCCAGGCGGUGGUUGCCCCGGUGCCCCGCGCGUGGCAGGGCAGGCCGCUCAGCUUGGAGAUCAGGGCGGUCAACAUGACGCAUUACGCCUUCUCCGUCGGCCCGGCUGGUGCACAGUCGCUGAUGCAGACCCUGGUGACGUCGUCGAGCGAUGCUGUCAGCUGGGGUUUCACAGGGGUCAUUCUCGGUGUUUAUUGUACGACUAAUGGAGGAGAAGGGGACACGCCGGCCUACAUUUCCAAUUGGCAAUACAUUCCACAGGGGCAGUAUAGAGACUAA